CAGCAGCUAGACAAUUAUUCAGGGAUCUUUCAUUGUGUCCAUGUUUUCGGACAUUGGCAAUCCUUGAAAAAAAAAUGUGUGUAGUCUCAAUGCUCACGGCUUUAGUGUAUCCACCUCUUAGGGCCAGUUAUACAUAUUGUAGGCCUACCAAUGACAUGUAUCAACUCGUUUUUUUUGCCAGUUAUUUCCCCCACCUACGUGGCAACAUAAAUAAUUUUUCAGAAGUCAUAGACUGCUCUGCCCACUCUCCACUUGCCCAUUCAUUGUCCAGCUGUGCCUUUCUAGUCCCUGUACUGUAAAUAGCAACUCCUGCUUUAGAGGGUCUCUGACUCCAUUCCCUCCAGUCACGAUAAGAGGGUCAAGAGUGAAAUGCUGAAUGAACUUAUUGUGGGUGACACCAGUGGAAAGCUGCAUGUGUACAAGAACGAUGACGCCAAGCCUUGGAUCACUAGAACAUGUGUGGGCAUGCUCACCUGUGUUGGUGUUGGAGACAUUUGCAACAAAGGAAGGAACUUUGUAGUUGCUGUGGGUGCAGAGGGAUGGUUUCACCUGUUUGACCUGUCUGCAGUGGCAGGAGCCAAGUCAGAUUCAUCCAGCCAGCAGGAGGCGCUGUUCUCUGACGACCAGAAACCCUGCUUCUCUCAGCACAUUCCUGCCAACACCAAAGUCAUCCUUAUUAGUGACAUAGAUGGGGAUGGGCGCAGUGAGCUUGUAGUGGGAUACACAGACCGUGUGGUGAGAGCGUUCCGCUGGGAGGAGCCUACCGAUUCUUCAGACCUGAGCUCUGGACAGCUGGUCCUGCUGAAGAAGUGGCUUCUGGAGGGACAGGUGGACAGCCUGUCAGUAAACCCAGACCUAGAGGGUCUUCCUGAACUGAUGGUGUCCCAGCCUGGUUGUGGCUUUGCCAUCCUGCUGUGCACAUGGACACAACAGGGCUCCUCUGAGGCGGGGCCUGGGGAGGAGGCUCCACCCACUCCUGGCAGCGAGGGUCCCUCCAGAGACGUCAUUCUGCAUCUGACCACUGGUCGGAUCCACAACAAGAACGUUUCCACUCAUCUCAUCGGGAGCAUAAGCAGAGGCUCCAAAGGCGACUCCUCUAAAUGCGGCCUGUUUGCCCUCUGUACUCUAGAUGGCACCCUGAAACUGAUGGACAGUUCAGAGCAGUUGAAAUGGUCAGUGCAGGUGGAUCACCAGCUCUUUUCUCUGCAGAAGCUGGACGUCACAGGCGACGGCAGAGAGGAGGUGGUGGCGUGUGCCUGGGAUGGUCAGACCUACAUCAUCGACCACAACCGCAUGGUGGUGCGGUUCCAGUUUGACGAGAACGUCAAUGCUUUCUGUGCAGGUCAGUACACCUGUAAGGAUGGCAAGAACAGCCCCUGUCUGGUGUACGUCAGCUUCAACCACAAGAUCUAUGUGUACUGGAGGGUGGAGCUGGAGCGCAUGGAGCCCACCCAUCUCCUUAGGGUCCUGGAGGAGAGGCCAGAGUUCAAGGCCCAGCUGGAGCAACUGGGAGUGGACGCUGAGGACAGGGAGGCCGUGAGAGAGCUGGUGGGAGACACACUCUAUGGACACACGCUGAAGAAGCAGGCCGGAUGACCUUAACACGACCCUCUCCACUCCUCCAACCCCCCCCUCUUUCUCCUCGUUUAUGUAAAUAUUCUGAAUAAAGGCUGAAUCACACUGA